CGCGCCGCCAGCUAGUUGUGUCCAAUCCGCUCAUGGCUUUCUACCAACAGUGGGUUCGAACCCCGCCUCCUGCCCGGCCAGGUGUGGAUGGUGGCUGUGGCGCUAACUGAGGAGCCUACGCCGGGUGGGCACGUGCGCCCAGCGGGCCGGAGGGGUCGAACGCCGGGAUGGCGAAGUUGCGCUAGCUCGGGGUGAGCCUGGCCACGCCCACGAAGGGGUGUGGCCGUGCGGGUGGCUGCUGGGCAGAGCGAAGGGCUGAUGUCUCCCUGCUGCCCUGGGAGGUUCCUCCCGCCGAGGCCGUCCCGAGCCCGCUAUUGCAGGCGCGCAUCAGCCCGGCCUCGCCCGCUAAGAGGAAUGGAAUUUUCUUGGCCCAAAAGAGAAUGAAAAGGGGUUUUAUGAGACCAAAAGAAGUACUGAGGAUUUUGGAGAGAUCACAUUGUAACAAUAAAGAGUUGCUGGCAACUGAAGAUUCGCUUCAUGUUUCUUAAAUAUUGGUGGUUGUUGGAAAUUUAAUUGUGCCCCUAAUUCAGCAUGGAAUCUGGCACUUCCCCCAAGAACAACGUAAUAAAUUGGGGAAUGCACUUCUAGGACAGCAAGUUCAUAAUGUUCUAUUCUAGCCUCGAUUUACUGCAAUUAAGGUUCUAAUUGUUUUUUGAAGCAUAACAUACAUGCAUUCAACUACUUCAAAGAAUGGAAGAAGAAAAAACUGUUUAUACUGUGCCUGUCACCUCUGAAUGCCUGGAUGUGGAGACCCUUAGCAAUGUCAGUGGCGAGAGAAGUGAAGGUGAUGCACAGAUGUUUUGGAGGCAAAUGGAAGAUGAAAGAGUGGACUUCAUAUUUGAGCAGGUGCAAAAUGUACUGCUGUCUCUGAAACAAAAGAUCAAGGAUGGAACUGCAACAAAUGAAGAAUGCUUCCAAGCUUUGAUACUGGUGGAUAGAGCUGAUGGAAGCAAUCUCUUAGCAUUGACAGAUGUAAACGAUGUGACUACUGAAGAUGGGAUGCAGAGAAGCAAACCUAGAUUACAGCCUUCUGUAUCAAAUGAAAAUACAACAGGUUCUCCUUUAAGGGAGGCGAAAGAAAACUCACACUCAGGGAAUGAAGACAUAUGUCUUGAAACAAGGGAGUUACCUUUAAAGCUGCGUUACCAGAAUCAUGCCUGCUCUAGUGUAUGUCUUGCCAACAGACCACUGAACUCAUACAAGGGGGAAAACCCUCUUAAAAUACCAAUCCUGUGUCAUUUCCAGAGACGACAUGCAAAAGCAAAUUCACUUUCAAAGUCACUUGAUGUGAAUUAUAAGGCCCCCUGUGGGAGGAGUCUGAGAAACUUUCAAGAUGUGCAGAAUUACCUGUUUGAAACAGAGUGCAACUUCUUAUUUGUCGAUCACUUUUCUUUCAACACAUACGUACAGCUGGGCAGAAACACUCUGAACCGAGAAGCACUUGUAUUUGAUUUUGAUAUCAGCAAUGGAGCUGAGUCUGUGCCCAUUUCCUUCUGUAAUGAAGUUGACAGUACAAGAUUACCUUAUUUUAAAUAUAGGAAGGCCUCGUGGCCACGUGGGUACUAUCUGAACAACUUCUCCAGUAUGUUUCGUGACUCAUGUGACUGUGCAGAUGGCUGCACAGAUAGGUCAAAAUGUGCAUGCCUACAGCUGACUGCAAAAGGCUGCAUUGAAAAUUCUGCCUCACCAAGUAACAGAGCAUCUUGUGGUUACAGGUAUAAAAGACUGGAUGGACCUGUCCCCAGUGGAAUUUAUGAAUGCAACUUAUCGUGCAAGUGUGACAGAAUGAGGUGUCAGAACAGAGUAGCACAGCGUGGCAUCCAAGUUCGGUUGCAGGUGUUCAACACGGACCGGAAGGGCUGGGGCGUCCGCUGUCUAGACGAUAUUGACAAAGGAACAUUUGUUUGCACUUAUUCAGGCAGGUUGAUGAGCAGAGCUGAGCCUCAGGAAACCAGAGAUGUAAAUUAUGAGGCUGAAAAGAAGGAUGCUGUGAAUGACACAAGCCUCAGCUCACUUUCAGCAAAGAGAAAACUGGACACUGCUUGUUCAGAUUCUGAGAUCGAACUUAUCCAGACUGGUAAAGAUAGCAUUAACAGGAGGUGUGAAACUUUAUCUCAGCCUGUGGAUGAUGAAUAUAAACCAGUUGUUCGUGAGAUGAAAGGUGGUGAAAAGCUACAGGAAGGAGAAUGGCUGGUCCCAAACUGCAGGAGCUGUAGGAGAGAAGGCUUUUGCAGUAACAUGGUCAAGACUGUGUGGAGAGUCAGAGAGGGAAGUAGGGAGAGAAGGUCUGUGAGGGUUCAGAACUAUGGAUAUAAUCCAAGGAAUCUGAGAAGUCCAGCCAUUAGGCCUAAAACCAGAACUGCUAUUCUUCAGACUCGCCGGCUAAAGAUGGGAAUUGCUACACUGGUGCAUGAUGCCAGCUCAGAUGAAGAUGAUAGUUGUCAGCCCCAGCAGUCAACCAAAACGAAACUAACCAUUGGAACCAAGAAAGGAAAGGAAAAACCCAACCUGCAGCAAAAGGUAGGAGAACAUGAGGAGGCCAUGCAGUAUGAGUCAAGCACCACAGAUACUGCAAAAUCUAAAGAAAAAAGGCCAUCUCCAGAAGAUGCUAGAGGUGGUAAAUCAGCCAGGCUAGAUGAUGCACAUGUUAUGAAACAGUCCAUGGGCCUACUCCAAAGAGAUUACUUCAAAGAGGAAAAAAAUAGGAGGUCCAAACAAGAUCCUCUUUGUAAUGAGGAGGCAGGUGGUGAUGACACACCUCUGAAGAAUUCUAAUAAAGACAAUAUUUAUCUAUUGGAUGCCACAAAAGAAGGAAAUGUGGGACGAUUUCUUAAUCAUAGCUGCUGGCCAAAUCUCUUUGUGCAGAGUGUCUUUGUAGAGACGCACAACAGAAAUUUCCCUUGGGUGGCAUUCUUCACAAACAGGCAUGUGAAAGCUGGAACCGAACUCACGUGGGAUUAUGGUUAUGAAGCUGGAAGCAUGCCAGAGACCGAGAUCUCCUGUCAGUGUGGGGUUCAGAAGUGUAGGAAAAAAAUAUUUGAUGAUGAGACGUCAGAGCAACUGACUCCUGAAGAAGAGGCUGAGGAGACAGAGGCUUGGGCCAAACCACUUAGCCAGCUGUGGCAGAAUCACCCUCAGAAUUUUGAGGCAGAAAAAGAAUAUAAUCAGACCAUGGCUCAGCAGCCCCCUCACUGUGCUGUAUGCAGGUUCUUCCAGACAUACCAGGCGGCCGCGACCUUUGUCGGGCUCCCCCCAUCGCAGCUGGCGCCAGGCGGGAUUCGAACCGGGGUCUCAGAACUAGCCCAGUCCGCGAGAAUUGGAAGCCGGUGCAGCCUCACCCCGCCCCUCCAUUUCACGUGGGGAGUGAGGGCACCGUCCGGUUCAGCAGCUUCGGCGGCAGCUAGUGAGCAUGCGCACCUGCGCAGAUCGCUGGCACAUGCUCAGUCCCAGGGAGCGAGCCGGGUCCUUCCAACACUCUCUCAGCCGGGCACGCCCAUUUUCUGGCCCCUCCUCCUCCGCCCCACCCUUUCGGGAGUUUCUAGCAUCCUGCUGUGUGUUGAGGCAGAAGCAGCAGCUCAGGCGGCGAAUGAUUCUCUCUCCCCCUCCCCCCGGUGUCUCUCUCCAGGUGACUUCCAGAUAAUGGAGAAGAUGGUGAAAAGGAAGUGUGCAUUUUGUCCAGCAGAUGAAGAGUGCGCUAUAAUGUACAUUGCAGAAAAGCAAAAUCUUGCAGUUCAUCAAGAUUGUUUGUUAUAUUCCUCAGGAUUUGUAGAAUCUGAAGAGCAUAACCCAGAGAAUCAGGAUACAAGGUUUGAUGUGGCCUCAGUUCAGAGUGAAAUCAGGAGAGGAAAGCGGCUGAUGUGCAAUUUCUGUCGCAAGAAAGGAGCCACUGUGGGAUGUGAGAUAAAAACCUGCCGGAGGAGUUAUCACUACUUUUGUGCACUGUGUGAUGAUGCAGCAUUAGAAACUGACGGAGGGCAAGGAAUUUACCGAGUGUUCUGUCCAAAACAUGACCCAGGCAAAAGGACCAAUCAUUAUGCAGUUCAUCAGAAGAGGAAGUGGCUGCCAGUGAGGAAGAUGGAAACUCACUGUCAUAAGCCCUAUGCAGACAAUAAGAGGAACAGGCAUGGAAUAAAAUCUUCCACCUUCAUGGAAAAAAGGAGCACAGAAGAGACAGCAACAGAAAAUAGUUUACGACUUUUAAGGAAAAAACGUAACACACACAAAGCAAGAAUAGACUUUCUUAGGAAGUGCAAACAGGCUGGACUUCUGGACGGCAUAUUUAAAGAAAUGCUCGACACACUUCACCUUGCAAAGGAAAAACUGAUGGAUGACAACACUUCAGAAACAGAAUACGAGGAAACAGUAAUAUCACUUUUUGACUGUAGCCUGUUUGAAAAUAUACUUACAAAUGUUCAUUCAGGAACAGAGGAAAAACUUCAGGAGCUUCUGGAAACUCGGAAAAGACUGGAUACUCAGAUUGAACUACUGCAAGAUAUAAAAGAAGUAAUUCCUUUCCAGGAAAAUAUAGCUAGUGCAUCUAGUUCAGUGUCUGAAUAACCAAUACUUCUCUUGAUAUCAACUUCCAUAUUAGAGAUUUUCUACUGACAGAAACUGCAUCUGGUCAGUGUAUUAAAGUGACUUUCAGAGAUAGGGGUGCACAGAAAAACAAUUGGGUGUUUUACUCAUAUUUUAUACCUCACUUUUGCAAUAAAUUUGUCCUUUUCCUUUUUAAUUUUUACUGUGGCUCAAGGAGUGAUAAACACUUAAAUUUAAAUACCGUCUGUACAAGCUUUUUUAAAUACUCCAUAAGCCACUUUUUAAAAUCACUUCAGUUACAGCAGCCCCCUGUCAUGUGAUGUGUCUGUGAUUCAAUGUCUGCUUAUAGCAGACAAAAUCAUUAUUAAAAAUUGUUAAGGCUUUCCAAAGAGGAAUUUAACUAGACUUGCACUUGAAGCAGAAGGGUUUUUUAUGACAUUUUCUCAAUUUAUAGUAUGUUAAUGUUUAAGUACUUCUGUUUUAACUGCAAUGGUGAGAGGUGGUGUCCAUUAAUUGCUUGUAAACACCUGAGGCUGGCUGGUGAUCAUCCUCUGAAAAAUCAUUCUAUGUAAAAUAGUUAGGGAAUCAAAUACUGCAGUAAGAACA